ACGGUCCGCAGCGCCGCGUCUUUUCAAGGUGCGCGGCUUGGCGUAUUCUCCGGCGUCUGCAGGCGAUCUCGACAUGGUCCUCAUCAAACCUCACCUGUGCAGCGCUCUCAACAUUCAGGAUAGGAACAGAGUGGCCUGAGUCCGUUUUUGGAGCUUGGCCGUACCGCAAUGUUCCUUUACCUCUCUUUCUUCCACUCUGUUUCUUUCCUGUCUUGAACUAUGGUAGACGUUCUGGGGCCUUUGUCUGCUCGUCCGCCGACUCCACCAAGGACUGCGUCUCGUAUGCUGUCUGAGAAAGAUCGGACGGAAGAUUCACCUGUGACUGUGCAGACUCCUAUCGAAUCUCAUUUUCUGCAAAAUGACUCAACCGGGGCGCCUUCGAGCCGUCAAUCCAAGCGCGUGAACUUUUCACCUUGGCCAAACUUCAUCAAGGCCCCUUCAUUCACUGACGCGAAACCGAGCGAGAUCAAGGCCCUCCUACCUUCGAAUGACCGAAAGCCGACUAGGUCCAUCCUCAAAGCGACCAACUCGCCAGGCCCUGUUAGUCCAGCAGGCCUCAUCCCGAACACCCCCGAAUCGUUUGCAAUGCUUCUAGAGUCCAUCACCCAGCAAUUAGCUGGGGAGUCAACAAGUUCGAGGAUUGAUGCGUAUAUGCAGUUCUUUGGCGCAUUGAGGGCGUACGAGAAAGUGCCAACCGAGGAUGAAAUCAUGCGCAAGCUGGGCCUGAUCACGCAGUUCAUCCAACGCGAUAUUAGUCGCGACCUCAAAAAGGGUGGGACGUUGGAUACCAACGUCGUUAUAUAUGCUUUGAAGCUCUCUGUGGUGUUAGUUUGGCAUCCUCAAAUCUCUCCACAACUGCCCGAAGACUUCAAGCUUUUCCUCUUGGAGCACUCUGUCAACUGUCUCGAAGAUGGCAAACUACCAAAGUCCGUCGCAACUCAUUACCUUACCCUUUUGUCAACACAGAAAUUCUCGACAAGAAUUAUCACAACUGCUAGGGCAACUCGAAUACUGGAAAUGCUACAUGGCUUGACCGAUCGGGUUAAAGGGAAUUCCGUGGUCUCUCAACGUUUGACGAUAUAUGAACGCCUGUUCGAAUUAUCUAAACCAACAUUUAUCUCUCACUCUACAUUAUGGAUGGAUCAUCUUGUAUCUGGACUGCUCCAUCAGAUCAAAAAUGUCCGACUAAAUGCACUUGAACUCGGCUUCAACGCCUAUAUGGCGUCUGGCGCGAACUCCACAUUGUCCAAAACGCUUCGCGAUAUAUUCGACCGACCCCUUGCAAACAACAGAAAGCUGGUUUCAGAGAUAAGCGAACGUAUGUCGAGGAUGAUGGCAAGUCCCGAAACUGGUGAACACGUCCCGCAGAUUUGGGGUGUCAUAACAUUGCUGUUGAGGAACAAGCGGUUCAACAUUGAUCAAUGGCAGCAUUUUAAGGAAUGGGUUCUUGUUCUUCAGAAAUGCUUCAACUGCAGUGACCCUGAAAUCAAGUCGAAAGCGAUCGGCAACUGGAAUCGGUUUGUUCUAGUCGUGAACAUCAGCGAAUCAACUACUCCAUCUCUAUUGCGAAUGUUAAGCAAACCGAUACUGUCCCAGUUUGAACGGAAAAAGCACGACAAGCAAAAUCCACAGCCCAGCCAAUUGGUGGUUGCGAGUUAUUACAACUUGCUCUACUAUGCCUUCCGCCCAGAUGCGUCUCAUCAACAGCUCGAUAUCGUCUGGGGAGAGUAUAUCGCCUCACCCUCGUCAAAUAUAUUUGCCUCAGUUCCCAGUCUCAGUGACCGACUCGCCCAUGCUUUGUCGAGAAUGUUGUGGAGCUCACAUCCUAUCCAGGCUUGGUCUGAUAACCGCGUCAAUGAGCCAAAAAGGAUUGUUGCCGAAGAACUCCCACCCUUGGAUUGCAAGUGGGUUAGGUCAAGAGUUCCUUCCGUGCUAAAGGUGUUUGAAGAUAUUUUGAAGUCAUCUGUUUGGGACCCCGAGCUAGAAAAGUCUAACAUUGCCACUGCGUGGGUUAGCCUGUCUCAUGCUCUGGCAUUUGCGGCAAGCAAGGAGAUAACCCCUUCCCAAGAGUCGAUGCAAACAGUAGCUCAUGUUUUGGGACUUUUGGAAAGGCUAUGGCACGCAGGGCCUUCGUCCCUCAAUGCGGCUGGGGAGAAUACAAUGGAUACUUUCUUUGAGCGUUUCAGAUUUCUGUCAACCACUAUGAUAUCCGCUUUGGGAAGCAUCCCAUUUACGGAGAAGUUGCUUUUAAAAACAGCAGAUUCAACAUAUCAAGCCUCCAACACACCCACGCACCGCAAUUCGAAAGCCAGCAACCAGCCUGAUAGUCCCAUUCUACACCUACUCCGGCUCAUCAGUGAUGUAUCCCAAAUCCUAGCACCAACUCCAGCAUAUUCUCGCCUCAUCAAGGACACCGUUGAAGCGUCAUGUCAUGGCAAAGCUUCCAGGGGCUCGCGGCUCGAUAUUUUGAAGCAAUGUGCAAAUGUAUAUCCCGAUGGCAGUGAUGACAGCGAGUUUCUUUUUGGAUCUGGAGGUUUCGCGCAGAUUGCCUGGACAUCAGCUGCCCAACUGUCGGCAGAUUGUCUAUGCUCCUUUCCUAUUGAGUCGGCUCGUGAACGGGACGGAUCCAUUACCCGGGAUUACACCACCGUGUUCAUGAUUCUUUGCCAGGGAUUGAGAUUUGCAGAUAAGUCCCAGGCCUGGGAUCGACUUUUGGAUGCACUUAUUCGUGUUAUGAGAACCGAAAGAGGAGACCUUUCAAUCGCGACAAUGGUGUUGGAGCCGUUAGCGGGUCAGAUGAUGGGUCUUGAUGUUCGCAGUGCCUGUUCACCCGCAUCUUCCUUGAUAAACCAUUCGUUAUCAAUUAAUUUCGACUAUGAUAGCGGAGUUAAGAGUGGCAGCUCGAACACAAAUUCACCCCCACAUCCCCACGCAUUAAUUGGAUUGGCACACCGGGUUCUUUCCGAGUCCUAUGAGUUCUCUGAUCCCCAGAACUUGGAUGGCGUCGCCAUCUUCAUAGAGUCGAUCGUUUCUUUCCUGGGAUCAGGCACCUUUACCUUUAGGUCUGUGCUUCUCGAUAAUCUACAGUCUCCCCUUGGCCUGUAUUUGAAGGACACAAUGCGCAAAUAUACUGUCGAAAAUGGAGUGGAGAGUAAGAUUCUUACUGCUUGUCGCGCAAUCUCGACAGCCAUCCUGGAUAUUCUGCAAAUUUUGCCUCAUGACGCUUGGAAUCUCCAGAAAUAUGAGCAUAUUAUCUGCUCGGGCUUGAUGUCCUCGCACACCUCCACCGCAAAGCGCUUUGCAGACUUUUGGAAUUCCUCUUUUGGAAUUCCACAAUCUUUACCAUGUCCGCCCCUCGUAUCCCAAGCCUUAGGGGACCUCGAAGCCCGUUUUGAUAGUCAGCCGGCAGGGGUACUCCAUGGACCUACCCUGGCGUCACGAACCAGUCACUUGGAACUCGGACUUCGCCAGCACACCAAUACACCUGUCGCGCAAAACUCGAACGUUACAUCAGAAGACGCCCCGGCCAAGUCCAAAAUCGAUUUUAUCCUGGAUGCACCCACAGUGUCUGCGUAUUCUGCACACAUGGAAUCGUCCUCAAUAAUCGAAGGCUCUCAAUCGGCUGCCUCGACGUUGCAAGAGACGGAAUCGAGCAUUCACCAAGUUGCUCCUGAGGGGACCGCGGACAACACUACCACUAUCGAAGAACCACAUCCCCCACCUGUCAAAGAAGAUACUACACGACACAGGGAGGUAUUUUCGAUGAUUGAUAGCCUCCGCUCUUCCUCUCCUCCCACCACCACGCCCGGGGGGCUUGGAUUCAUGACACCCCCUCAUUUACGCAGCCUACGGAACGAAGAAUCUGGGACGGAGACUCCUAAGACCCCUACGAUAGCAGCUGUCGCUGCGGAAAAUGAAGACGGGUUCCUUGGUUCGUCCCCCACACCUGCCAUCAGAGGCCGAACAUCGUCGGUGGUGCCCGCAAUUCCACCGCCGUUUGCUGAACCCGGCGAGUCAAUGGAUAUCGAUCCCCCUUCAUCGCCACCUGAGCCCGAACGGCAGAGUACUGAUUCGGGACAUGAUACUCCGCAGCCUUCAACUAAAGGCAAGAACAGAAAGAAUAAUAAACGGAGAAACAGAUCUAGGCGAUCCAAGACGCCUAGCAAAGGGAAGUCUCCUAAGAAGGAAAUGCCAGAUAAUGCCCCGACGCACAAUGAGCAAGCUGGGCAGAAUAAGGACGGCCUUUCUCAGAAAAGCCUGAGAAGUCGCCUUCGUUCUGCAGUGGAAUCAUCUCCGACAAAGAACGAGAGCACUGAGCCUCAACGAGUGGACCAAACGGAGAAAGCGCAGCAAGCGCCAAAAGAGCCAAAGACGCUUUGCAACGAACCCGGCCACAACUCUGUUGCUGUUCGGGAACCCAUACCUGAACUCACCCCAGUUCUACAUAAUGAGAACCCUGAUGUUGCUGUGGAAUCUGCUAGCGAAGAUACCGAUACACAAGCUAUGUCCCAGUUAGAACAUGACCUAGUGUUCGCUGUGGAUUUGGGAAGUGACGCAGCAGACAAAGAAGCCGCGGAACAUAUGCAAACAGCUGCGGCCACACGCAAACGAAAACGGGAAGGGGAAAAUUGGACCAUCAUGGCUAAAGAAGAGCGCGAGCGCCGCCGUUCGUCAAGGAUCUCUUCCACCUCAACACCUACAGCUGAAGUUGAAGACAGCCAAACUAUGCGUUCCAAGAAGCCAAAGCUCUCCACGGCUUCUCGUGCAACCCCCCCCUCACCGGCGAACUCAGCCGCGAAGAAACGGAAGCACGAUGCUGUUGAUUCUGCAUCUGUAACUCCGAAGCGCGACCGAUCCAAGAAGACUAAAGACACUGCACAAGAAAAGGACAUGCAGGAAUCUCAGAAACGACGAUCCGGCCGCAUCAGCGGUGUUCCCGGACCUGACCUUCCACCCGCGGAGGAAGACCCUGGUCCAAAGAAGUCGCCUCGGCCAAGCAGCUCGCGGAAGCCGAACAAGAAGCAAAAGAACCGCAGGUCAGAGAGACGCCAAUCCCAACCAGCGGAAGAAGCUUCCAACCAAGAGGCUACUGCGGCAGGGGAAAGUGCCCACGAGAAGGCAGAUGAGAAUCAGCAGCCUCAACCUCCACCCACGGACAAUACAUCUGAACAGCCUCUGGAGUCACGCAGCUCCCCUCAAGUUAAUGAACCCGAACCACACACUAGUCAAGAAGAGCCACCGAAACAGUCAGAUGACGCCGAAAUGGCAGAGGUGCUGGAAUCAGUCCAACCAGAGGCACAGGUAGAGGCACAGGAAAAGGCUACAACAGACGAACCUCAGCUUGAAACCGAGAUGGAGCACCACGCACCCUCUGAGCUGAUCCAGACACUACAAUCCCCUCCUCUACCAGAGCAGGAACCACAACAAGAGCCUGAACAAGAGCAAACGACAGAGUUGGAGCCAGCACCCCAGCCCAACCAGGACACACAAAUAUCAACCUCACUCCGCUGUCUUAUCGAUCAGGUCAAGCUCGCCUCUUUAGAUCGAAAUGCCGUCAAAGAGAUGGACGAUCUCCUUUUCGACCUUCGGGUUGAGAUGCACGAGGCCCUAAGGCGCCAUCGUCACACUACCGCCACCACGUCAAUCCAAUAAACCAUUGAUAUUUUUAUGAGGAAAACAUAUACACACAAAAAAAACCCCCCCCAUUUUGCAUAGCGAUGGCGUUUUGAAAUACACUCAGAUAAAGGCAUCGAAGAGCGUACGAAGGCUGGUCGACAGGCUGACAGCCGGUGCCCGCUAGACUGGUUUUGCUUUUCCUUUUCAUCAUCUUGUUGUUGUCUCUUUCCCGAGUGGACUGUCUUGCUGUUAUGCUCCCUGUACACGUAUACUGUACUCACCGAUAUACCUAGCCGAGGCAUUGCUAGUUAAUUAGUAGUACUUCUUCCUUCCUUGAAUUAACCGUACCGCCCAAGUGGACAUUCACGUAAAUUGCCCCGUUUAACUUUGGCCCAUGCAGUUCCCUAGCGAGAGCGGCCAAGCCGAGUGGACCAGAGAAAUUCCG